AGUGUGCGUCAAACACGCUGUGCAGCAGAAGAGUGUGAAGAGUCUGGAAAGUUCUGCGCUCCAUAAAAGCGUCUGAGGAGGAACGACAGCGUGAUAACGGAGUGUCCCACCAGACUUCAAACAUGUCUGUGAUUUCGGAGGAAAAUGUUCGAGGUGAGAGCGUUUUCAGUGAUAUCAGCGCCGAUAACGAGGACUUGCAGCCCACUGAGAUCGAGAGCAUGUGUAUGAACUGCUACCAGAACGGAACGACGCGCCUGCUGCUCACCAGAAUCCCCUUCUUCAAAGAAAUCAUCGUCAGCUCCUUCAGCUGUGCCAACUGCGGCUGGGCCAACACCGAGAUCCAGUCCGCGGGUCGGAUCCAGGACCGAGGCGUCUGCUACACUCUCAAAGUCCAAAGUAAGCAUGACCUGAACCGGGAGGUCGUCAAAGCGGAGUGUGCGACCACCAGGAUCCCGGAGCUGGAGUUUGAAAUCCCUCCCUUUACCCAGAAGGGCUCUCUUUCCACCAUCGAGGGCCUGAUAGACCGGGCCGUGGCCGGACUGGAACAGGACCAGCCUGUCAGGAGAGCCACUGACCCCGAGGUGGCGAGCAAAAUAGACGAAUUCAUCGAGAAGCUCCGCAAAUUGAAGGACGUCGAGGAUGAAUUCACGCUCGUGAUCGAGGACCCGUCUGGGAACAGCUUUGUGGAGAAUCCAGUGGCCCCUCAGAGGGACGAGGCCCUGACCGUGUCCCGGUUCCAGCGGACGGUCCAGCAGGACAUGCAGCUGGGGAUCCGGGCGGAUGACGACCUGGAGCAAGAGCCCGACUCCAACUCGGUGGAGGCCAUGAGGAACGAGGUGCUGGUCUUCAACACCAACUGCCCAGAGUGCAACGCGCCCGCCUCCACCAACAUGAAGCUCGUCCAGAUCCCCCACUUCAAGGAGGUCGUCAUCAUGGCCACCAUCUGUGACAGCUGCGGCCACAGGACCAAUGAGGUGAAGUCAGGUGGAGCCACAGAGGAGCUGGGCACCAAGAUCACCCUGCACAUCACAGACCCGUCAGACAUGACCAGGGACGUGCUGAAGUCUGAGACGUGUGCCAUCUUCAUCCCCGAGCUCGAAUUUGAGCUGGGGAUGGCAGCUGUGGGUGGGAAGUUCACGACUCUGGAGGGUCUGCUGAAAGACAUCAAAGACCUCAUUGUGUCCAAAAACCCCUUUGUCACAGGUGACAGCGGCGUCACGGGUCGGAUGCAGAAGCUGAUGGAGUUUGGGGAGAAACUAGACAAGAUAGUGGCGGGAGAAAUGGAUGUCCACUUCAUUCUGGACGACCCAGCUGGGAACAGCUACUUGCAGAAUGUGUAUGCGCCGGACCCAGAUCCUGAGAUGACUGUGGAGAAAUACACCCGCUCGUUUCAGCAGAACGAAGACCUCGGCUUGAAUGACAUGAAGACGGAGGGAUACCAGGAAGAAAACUGAAGCCUCAAUGCAGCUGACAGGACUGAACGUGGCCAGAAAUGAUGCCUCAUUGUAGGACCAGUGUAUAUAUGUUGCUCUGUAGCUUCUCAGCACUUCAUCUUUUUUUUUUUCUUUUCCCAAUUCAAUGCUGGUCACUUAAAUAAUUGAGGAUUUUAAGUUGUUACAAUGUACCGAAGACAAUUAACUAAGGGAAAUAUAAGAAACUUGGUUUGUAUAAUAACUCAAAGAUGAAACUCUAAACGUUGCUUGCUUUAUAUGUUGAUUACAUUCUUGUAACAUCCCAGCAGAUGGCGCUCUCUUAUUUCUGAUGGAAAAAAGGAUUCUUUUCUUUUUGGACCACAUGCUGUGUAACAAAUUGAUCGUUUUUUACACCUGUGAGCAUGCCAUUGUCUAAAUAGCGUUAUCUCAUUGGAUAGUUUAGCUCUGCUCUUUAAUCUGACGGAUACCUUCAGACCAAAUGCAGGUUUGUGCUUGUAUUUAAUUUAAAACGCUUAUUGUCUUUACUUUGCUGGUCUUGGUGGUAGCCACUCUGUUUGCUUAAAUAAUUCAAAACUAUUUUAUGACUUUUAACUUAUCUUCAUCUAAUAAAGAGCUUCAACAAAAAAUGCUGUUGUUGAUCGCUGAAGAAUAAUUUACUUAAAAUAACUGAAUGAAGCACAAGUUCAUGCCUGAGAUUCAGUGAUCUUUUUACUUUUUUAGGCCCUGAAAGGUUAUGUACAAUUCUCACCAGGCAUUUACUCUCAGGUUGAAAGGACAAACGCACACAGGUGUCGUAUCCAGUAUUUUUCUGCUACACUGCUGCAUUUUAAAGCACAGUUUAAUUAAUAUAUUGCACUCUGUGUCUCACUGUGUUCCUGUUUGACGGUUGCAGUUGUCCCUUCAGCCUGCUGAGAAUGUUUUAUCUAGUUUUCAUAGCAACGGGUUCUAUUGUGUUCUACUAAUAGCAGAGUAGUGAAUUCCUAGAUUACAUGGUUCUUGAGUGAGCAGCUGUUAGGAGGCUGCUGAUGGAAAUAGCUGCCGGGCAGCAGAGCAGGCUUUAUGCAGAGCACUGUGGCUCUGUGCCCACUGGGUUAUAGAGAACCAUCAAGCCACUGAUUGUUUGCUUUUCCCUCUCAUUUCUCACCUCUGCGUUCGCUGAAUGAAGGUGCCUUCAUUUUAAUACACUCUCCUCAUCUG